UAGAAACUGCUAAAAGGGUAUAUCUGUCAAUUAAGUGUGGAGCUAUCUUCUUCCUCCUUGGGCUCUCUCUCUCUCUCUCUCUCUCCCGAGAUCUUUCUCGAUUUGCCUUUACUCGUUUCUCCUGCGAUAUCCGAGCUAAGCUGCAGUGAAAUAUGAUGCCUCAGCAUCAGAUCAAGGAGCAACAUAAUGCUCUCGUCAUGAAUAAGAAGAUCAUGUCCAUCCUUGCCGAGAGGGACGCUGCCGUCAAGGAAAGAAACGAGGCCUUGGCUGCUAAGCAGGAAGCUUUAGCCGCUCGGGAUGAAGCCCUUCAGCAACGGGACUUAGCUAUCUCUGAGAGAGAUAAUGCUAUCAUGGAGAGGGAAAAUGCCUUAACUGCUCUUCAACACCGUGAAAACCAUCUCAACUACAUUUUGGAUUGCGCAAAGCGUGGUGGCUACCAAACCUGUUUCACUGAAGAAACCCACUUGCCCAACCCUUCCCCAUUGUCAACCAUUCCACAUGAACCACCCAACACCAAAAGGAAGAAAGAUCGCAAGAGAAAGAAAGCUGGCGGCGAAGAUCUGAACCGUCAGCUUGCUUCUCCUGGGAAGAAAUGCAGAAAGGAUUGGGACUGUAACGAUGUGGGGUUAAACCUUGUCACGUUCGAUGAGACGACAAUGCCAGUGCCCAUGUGCACUUGCACCGGGACUGCUCGUCAGUGUUACAAAUGGGGAAAUGGCGGGUGGCAAUCGUCUUGCUGCACAACCACUUUGUCUCAGUAUCCGCUCCCGCAGAUGCCAAACAAGCGGCAUUCUCGAAUAGGCGGUAGAAAAAUGAGUGGAAACGUCUUCUCCAGGUUACUUAGCCGUUUAGCUGGAGAAGGGCACGACCUCUCCUCUCCGGUUGAUCUCAAGGACUAUUGGGCUAGGCAUGGCACGAAUCGCUACAUCAUUAUCAAGUAGCCGAGAUUUAUGAACCACUAUGUUAAAUCAGGUGUGUUUCUCUCUUCAUCCCUUUUUUCUUCUUCGUUUUUUUAACAAUUAGGUUCAAAAAUGGGAUGAAAGAAUGAAGCUUAGGCUCAUUGUUGUUUUUGUUGUCUAUAUAGUUCAGCUAAUACCAAAUGUUUAGUAGUAUUGUUUUGACUUGGUUUCGUGUUUAUGUAAUUGUAAACAGUCCAGUGAAUGAUGUCAUAUUUUAUUUUAGCAAAGUCUCAACUGAUUGAUCACAAAA